GUCACCACUCACCAACCACGACGCAAGCCGCACGACCGAUAGCACGAGAGCGAAGCCGCCGCCGCCUCCCCUUCCGCUGCCACGGCUUCCAGUUCAUCUUCUUGCCUGCCUCCAUCAUCUCUCCCCUAUCGAAUCUAGUGAAGGAAUCUAGCGCGGCGCGGUAUGCAAGCGGUCCGUACCCUCGUGCUGCGGCACCUGCGGCUCCGUGCGCCGCCCUCCGUCGCUGCCCGUGCUGGCGGCGCGGGGCCCCCGGCGGUGUCGCAGCGCUGGCUCGCUCGGGGGAUGAGCACGCCGGCGGACCAGGACGGCGGCUGUAGCUCCGGCUCCGAGAGCGCCGUCAGGGCGCGCGUCGUCGACCUGGUCAGGAAGUUCGACAAGAUCGACGCCGACAAGUCCAGCUUAUGCAAUGUGUGAAUGGAAUGGAGACGUGAUGGAUGUCAGUGGCUCAGUGCUUACUCGAUUUUAAGUUCCGGGUUUUGCUAGGAUGGUAGUUCCAAGUCAUUGAUGACAGCUUACUAGGAUACCGUCAAAAGAUCGUUUCUAUCCACUGCCCUUACCAUAUAGAAUAAUGCUCGCGCAUUUUAUCACCUGUGGCCUUGUGGGUGUUGCUAAUUCCUGCUUAGUUAGGCUGCCAUGGGUGUGUAAAUAUGUGCAUAUUUUGGUCUUACAGCAGCGAACGGAAGUCAAGAAUGAAAUACAAGGCAUUGGGACUGCGGCUUUUCGAACAAUUCUUAAAAGCAAAACGAGAAAGUGAGCCAAAAUGGACUCAUAACUAACUAUAGAAUACAGAACGGUAAGCUAGAACUAUGGUGCCUAACGAUAUUUUUAACACCCUUUUUUGUUCAAGAAAGAUGUCUCUUACAAUCUCAUGAAGCUAUGCUACUUUCCAUAAGCAAUGUUUACUAUCAUUAGACACCUUUUGCAGUUGUAACCUGAUCCGUGGCAUGAGAAUUGCUAGAGUAUGAUUGAAGAAAUUGUGUCUUUGGUGAACUUGUUAUGUAAAGUUUUUUGUUUCUAUUGGACAUGUAACAUUUUAUCAGUACCAAAUAAUCUUGUAUAAUAAUUUUAGAUUGAUCAGUAUUAGGAUCGGCAAACUUAUACUGUUGCCUGCCAGAAAGUGAUUGAUACC